CGCGCGCUUGCUUCAUUUUGUCCCCUUUGAUCCUCUCUGAGCGAGUCGUCUCUCUCCUGCGCACUCUCUCACUAACACCUACACAGCAAUGGGACAGACAGUGGAUAAUAACAAACGAUGAUAUGUUGUGCUUUUGAUGACUUUUUGUAACUUAUCACAUCCAACACUACAAUGCUGCCACUGCUGGUCCUCCUAAUCCUCACGAGUGCUGCUGGUCAGAGUCAGAGUCAGACGAGCACCGAAACGAGCUCCUAUCCACCCAAGGAGCUUAUGACCUCAAUGGCUGAUCGAAUGGAGCUGCUCCUGCUGGACAGGGAGCUGAUCUCAAACCUAGUGCAAUAUGCUGAAGAGUUGCAGGAAAAAGUCGACGUGCUGCAGAGAUGUGCAAAGGCGAUGCAAAUACCUCUGGAGGAUUCGAAGGGCAGGGAGGAGGAGUACCUAUCGAAUCCGCUGCACAGUUUCCAACUCAUCCGACACAUGCAUGAGGACUGGCGGCAUUUGGAGAAGUUCAUGCGACAGCCUGUGGGGCAGGAUCAGAUUAAUAUCCUCAAAAACAAGGCAACGAAAUUUCCUUCAGUAGAAGAGACUGAGGAAGCCACGGAGGCUAUUUAUCGGAUUAUUCUCACCUAUAAUGUGGAGCCAGCGGAUCUUGUCCAGGGGCUAAUCGAUGGCGUGCAGUACAAUAGUAGCAUUUCAGCCAUUGACUGCCUCUCUCUGGGAACCCUAUUCUUCCAGUGGGGGGAGUACGAAAAUGCCCACGAAUGGCUUCACUACAUCUUCGAUCUGGUAAAUCCAGAGUAUUAUUCGGUCUACGAUGUGCUGGGAUUGGCCUCAAGGGAAGUCUUCAUGCUCCUGGCCCGCUGCCUCGUGGAGAUGGACAUGGAGAAGGACGCUCGAACGACACUGAUGGGCCACCCAGCUCUGGCGGAGCACUCGGAGCGUCUGCUCACCCUCUACAGAAACACGAGACACGUCCCUGUUUCGUGGGAACUGAUGCCCUUUCUUCCCGAGGAAUUCAAUCAGAUCUGCCGCUCCUCGCACCAAAAUAAACCCUCGCGUCUGCACUGUCGCUACAAUACCACAACCACUCCCUUCCUGCGCCUGGGCCCCCUACGGAUGGAGGAGCUCUCGCUGGAUCCUUAUAUCGUGGUCUACCACAAUGUUCUCUCCGACGCGGAAAUAGCCGAAGUGGAGAGAGUUACUGAGCCGCUUCUGAAACGCAGUGUCGUGUUUGAUGGAAAGGGAAAUAAGAUGUCCACCAGCAAGAGGCGCACAGCCCUGGGCGCCUGGCUCCCCGACGAUAAUAUGGACGUCUCGGGCCGGGCAGUGAUACAACGUAUCUUCAGGCGCAUACACGACCUAACCGGCUUAAUAAUGAACGAUCGUCAGGACAUGCAGCUGAUAAAAUACGGCUACGGUGGCCACUACGAUAUCCACUUCGACUACUUUAAUACCUCCUCUCUGAACAAGGCCAGAGGCGACCGCAUGGCCACUGUCCUCUUCUACCUGAACGAUGUGAAACACGGCGGCUCCACUGCCUUUACUGAUCUACAGCUUAAGGUCCCCUCGGAGCGGGGCAAGGUCCUCUUUUGGUACAAUAUGCGGGGGGAGACACACGAUCUGGACAGUCGAACCCUUCACGGUGCCUGCCCCGUCAUCGAUGGCACCAAAACAAUCCUUUCCUGCUGGAUACACGAGCUGGAUCAAAUGUUUAUCCAGCCCACCUAUCGGCCAGGGAAUAGGCACUCAUAGAGCAUCAAGAUGUGGUAUAUUAAAUUUUUGCCAUAGCCAGAAGGAAGAAUUUUCCAGAAAGGGGUGGCGAUACUCUGUUGGGGUUUCCAUAGAUUACUUAGUUUCAUUCCUUUUUGAAAAAAAAAGUCGCAGCAGCCUGACCGAACUUGGAAAAUUCGGAAGAUUCCCAUAGUACUUCCUAAAAACCCAAAAUUCUCUGUAACAUUAUAUUAUAUUCACAAUAUAUCUUUAAGAUAAGUAGACUAUGGAAGAUUAGGAUAUACUCUGAUGAUGAUAGAAUUUACAGCAAUAUCCGGAGCUAUAUCCGGAAAAAGAAGCAUCGAAUAAAAGUGUGAAACAGCUGGAAAAAAGAAAUCUUUACUUGCAAUCGUUCCUGAAACGUUUUUAUUUUCCGUGAAAUGCGUGGAGGACAAUCGUUUUCUGAACGAACGCACUGAAUAUUACCUAAAGAGGAAGGAAUUCGUGAGACCCAGGGGAGCACCUCAAGUGCCCCAAGAAGCAGUCAAAGCAACCAUACGUAUGUGCAAAUGUAUAUGUCUUACGGCUUGGACCCCUGACGCUUGAAGUCAAUCUUCUCGGACUGCACCAGCGGCUUUAGUGGCUCAGCAAAGACGCGAAUCCCUUCGCCGAGACUCUCCUGAAGCGUGAGCCUGGGCACCACACGGAGUAUACAAUGAUCAUCUAAAAUGACUGGUAUACCCAGACGUUCAGACGUUGAUGAAGUCAGCUCCCAAAUUUAAUUAAAGUUACCUUCCCAAUGUUGGAGUUUGACUGUAGACUGCUCUUAUCAUGGAUUUAAUUGACAGUCAAUUGAUUUCGGUGUGUGGUGCCUCCACCUCGAGGAGCUUCACCAUUCCCGCCACCGAUGUGGAGUGGCUCUGUUCCCCUUCGACCUGACAUUGGACCUGUACCCAUCCCCAGUGUGCGAUCAGUGUGAAAAGCAGAAUCCUCCACUUCAUAGCUCGCUCUGUGGCGUCUUGCUCUGUCUGAGUGCCGGAGCCAACUGUCGCUUUCGGCGCCAAAGAUAAAUGCUUACCAUGAUUAUUAUUGCUAUUGGUAUUUCCAUUGCUAUUUCUGUUGCUCUGAUGUUGUGCUGUGUCUGUGGCCCACUGAUAAGCGGCGCGCAUUGAUAGCGACACGCACCGAUUUAAUUAAACCGAAGAGCACCGGCGCAGAGCCCCACCUGAGCGGACCGCAGACGUGACCGCAGAGCAGGCAGCGGGCAGAGAGUCACCACAGAACGUGCCGCUCGUGGGAGCGGAAGAGAUGCUUCUGAUCGAUGUUUGAUCGUUUGAUCGAUGACGGCGUAGGCCCUGAUGGAUCUACCGAAUAUAGAAAUAUAUCAAAAGCUAUAGUUCAGAUCAAGAGACACCGAGACACACAAAAAAAUCAAAGUUUUGGGAGACACAUUGGCUAAGUCUAUACAUUUCUCACCUUUAUGUUAUAUGUGUACAUCCAACUGUAUUCUUUAAUUGCAAUAUAUGAAAAGAGUAUCUG